UGGAGGCGGGGAGAGAGGUCUUGAGGAUGGCCCCACUUCCGGGGGGAGAGCUGGUCCAGAGGCCGCUGCAGCUCUACCGAUACCUGCUGCGCUGUUGCCGGCAGCUGCCAACCAAGGGCAUCCAGGAGCAUUACAAGCAUGCUGUCAGGCAGAGUUUCCGGGUUCAUUCGGAUGAAGACGACCCUGAGAGGAUCCAGCAGAUUAUUAAAAGAGCUAUUGAAGAUGCUGACUGGAUCCUGAGCAAAUAUAAAAAACAAAACUGAGACUGCAGGGUGUAGUGAAUGCAGCUGCCUUGGAGGCACUGACAUUGAGAGCCCGCGCUUCUCCCGGCCCUGAUCAGCAACAGCCGCUUUGGAGUAUCCACUGGCCUCGUUGGUUGGGAGCAGGAAUGCAGCAGUAGGAGAAGCUGACAUUUGCUCAGACAGACCUUCUUGCCAUGUGUGUGUCUCCAGUGUCCUUUAUGUUUGCUUUUCCAGCUGGUUAUGAUGUGAGAUUUGUGGAGAAUGUGUUCUCUCACUUGCUCUGAAAGUGCUGCAUGAACUCUGGACGUCAUUCUUUGAGACCCAGAGCCGGCAUCCAUUCAUAUGGCCGCCUGUACAGAGGACAGGGCAUGGGUUUUAGAACCAGACAGAUCUGGAUGUGAAUCUCAGCUCAGCGGCUUUUCAAGGAUGUUGGUUUCAAGUCCAGUUUCCUCCUUCAUUAGGAUUAGAUAAGAUGAAAUCAAAGAGCCCGACGCAGGACAUGGUAUGCGGUGGGGCCCGUAAACAUCCCUCUGAGGAAGUCGUCCUCUGUGCUCCAGCAGUGCUCACACGUCUCUCUGGCUCCCUCCACAUUGGGUCUUAGUUCUUUCUGGGCUUGUCCUGUCCCCGCUUGUUC